AUGAAUCUGUCCAUGAGAUCUCCUAUUUCAGCUACGUCACCUCCUCCAUCUGGUGCACUAUCAGCGUUAACAAAUGUCCUGACGACGGUGUCGGGAAGAAUUGGCGGAGUAAUGGCGAAAGGAAAAGCGAUGCAGGCGAAGAUGAGAGCAAAUAAAGUAGCUCCUAUUGAAUCCAAAGUGCAAGCACGACAUUUGGAGCUGGAGCCCCUCUGCUGUCUUUCGUCAUGCCUCGUUCGAGGAGGCUGUGCUGCUGUUGUAGCCUUUGAGGCUUUCUACGUGUUGGCCACACUUCUUGUGGUACUCGGUGGAAUGUCUCGGGGUGGUUUCACAUUAUGGGAGCCACUUCCGAAAUCAUGGAAUGCAUGGUUCGGUCAUCACCUUUUCUAUUACAGUGUAUGUGUCUACGACGCGGUGCUGGUCCGUGCGCACUACCUUUUCUGCUACGUGUCUCUUGCUGUGAACGUACUCUUUUUGACGUUCUCAAUUUGGACGCUGUCUUCAAAAGGUCCAUUCACUUGGACAGCUGCCAACUGCCUGCUGGUGUUCUGUUUUGCUAUGCAGAUCCCACUGCAGAUAUGGGCUAUAACGGUUGUGAAAAGCUGUCAAGAUUUCUUCGCCCUUAUUCAUGUCUUCGUGGCUUUAGCAGAAACCUGA